AUGAAUGGUCAAAUGGACGAGCAAGACCGGCAGUUUUUCAAGGACAACAAUGUCAAUUUCGAAGGUCGGGAGUAUUUCACUAAGCCCAUCUACGAUUAUCGCGAUGACCCUCGUUUGAAUCCCGAAAUUCGAGAGAAGCUAGCAAAGCUCAACUACGUGACGCCGACGCCCAUUCAGGCCAUCUCUAUUCCCAUGGUGCUGGAUGACAAAGACUUCAUUGGCAUCAGCCAAACUGGCUCUGGAAAAACUCUGGCCUUUCUUCUGCCAGUUUUCGUUAAGCUUUCUCAAGGACUACUCUCCACGGACACUGGCGGUCAGUAUGGUCCAACUCAUCCAAGUGUGAUGGUCCUAGCUCCAACUCGGGAGUUAGCUCUUCAGACAAAAGAAGUCGUGGACAACUUUGGGUUGUACAAGACGAUCUGUCUUUAUGGCGGCACUUCUCGCAUUGAACAGAUCAAUUACGUUCGACGAAACCGUCCUCCGAUCAUUGUUGGAACUCCUGGACGCGUGAACGAUCUGAUGGAAUCGAGCGUUUUCGAAGUUGACCAGGUUAAAUAUCUGGUCCUUGAUGAGGCUGAUCGCAUGUUUGACAUGGGUUUCUACCCCCAAAUUCAACGAAUCAUCGAUCAAUGUCGUAACCCUGACCGUCAAACCCUGCUCUUCUCGGCAACUUGGGAAGGAAAGGUGGAGCAUCUGGCUAACCCCUUUAUGCGGACCAACCAUCGCGUUUUUGCUUGUAUUGGUCAGCUCAACUUGAAGGCAAACAAGGCUAUCAAGCAGCACCUGAUGCUCUGUACCGAGUACCAGAAGAAGGGACUCCUCAAAAAGAUCCUGCAAGAGUUUAAAGGCUACAAAGUCAUCGUCUUCGCAAACACCAAAAUGCGAACCUCUGAGCUAACUAGCAUCUGCGAUCGUAGCAUGGGAAAAUCCGAGUUUAUUCAUGGCGAUGUUGAACAGGCUCGACGUACUCGCAUCGUCAAAGAAUUUGACAACGGCCGAUUCUCGGUUCUUUUCGCAACGGAUGUCGCUUCUCGCGGUCUAGAUAUCGAUGACAUUCAUGUCGUAGUCAACUAUGAUUUCCCAAACGACGUCGAAUCCUACGUCCAUCGUAUUGGUCGCUCGGGCCGAAAUGGAAAAACGGGCAAAUCAUUCACUUUUGUGACUGAUCGCCUUUUCUCGAGCCCACAUCUUCACCGAGAGCUGAUCAAAGUGGUAGCGGAAUCUGGCAACACCGUGCCACCAAACCUGAACUACUAA